AUGAGCAAGCUGUCCGGGGACCUGCUGGCCCGCGACCUGGAGCGCAGCCUGCCGGCCGUGGCCUCCCUGGGCUCAUCACUGUCCCACAGCCAGAGCCUCUCCUCGCAUCUCCUCCCACCGCCGCUGCCGGAGAAGCGCCGGGCCAUCUCCGACGUCCGCCGCACCUUCUGUCUCUUCGUCACCUUCGACCUGCUCUUCAUCUCUCUGCUCUGGAUCAUUGAGCUGAACACCAACACAGGCAUCCAGAAGAACCUGGAGCAGGAGAUCAUCAACUACAGCUUUAAAACUUCCUUCUUUGACAUCUUUGUCCUGGCCUUCUUCCGCUUCUCCGGACUGCUCCUGGGCUAUGCCGUGCUGCGGCUCCGGCACUGGUGGGUGAUUGCGGUCACCACGCUGGUGUCCAGUGCAUUCCUCAUCGUCAAGGUCAUCCUCUCUGAGCUGCUCAGCAAAGGGGCCUUCGGCUACUUGCUCCCCAUCGUCUCCUUUGUCCUCGCCUGGUUGGAGACCUGGUUCCUUGACUUCAAAGUCCUACCUCAGGAGGCUGAGGAGGAGCGAUGGUACCUUGCCGCCCAGGCUGCUGUCGCCCGAGGACCCCUGCUUUUCUCCGGUGCUCUGUCUGAGGGCCAGUUCUAUUCACCCCCAGAGUCCUUUGCAGGGUCUGACAAUGAAUCCGAUGAAGAAAUUGUUGGGAAGAAAAGCUUCUCCGCCCAGGAAUGGGAGUACAUCCUUCAAGGGAAGGAGGCCAUGGCGGUGGUGGACCAGAUCUUGGCCCAAGAAGAGAACUGGAAGUUUGAGAAGAAUAAUGAAUAUGGGGACACUGUGUACACCAUCGAAGUUCCCUUUCACGGCAAGACCUUCAUUCUGAAGACCUUCCUGCCCUGCCCCGCGGAGCUGGUGUACCAGGAGGUGAUCCUACAGCCUGAGAGGAUGGUGCUAUGGAAUAAGACAGUGACCGCCUGCCAGAUCCUGCAGCGAGUAGAAGACAACACCCUCAUCUCCUAUGAUGUGUCUUCAGGGGCCGCGGGUGGCGUGGUCUCCCCCAGGGACUUUGUGAAUGUUCGACGCAUCGAGCGGCGCCGAGACCGAUACCUGUCCUCGGGCAUCGCCACCACGCACUGCGCCAAGCCCCCGACGCACAAAUACGUCAGGGGAGAGAAUGGUCCUGGGGGCUUCAUCGUGCUCAAGUCGGCGAGUAACCCCCGAGUCUGCACCUUCAUCUGGAUCCUUAACACAGAUCUCAAGGGCCGCCUGCCCCGGUACCUCAUCCACCAGAGCCUCGCAGCCACCAUGUUCGAAUUUGCCUUCCACCUGCGGCAGCGCAUCGGAGAGCUGGGUGCCCGGGCAUAA